AUGGAUGCCAAGAUCCACCUAGAGGUAGGAAACCUUGGAGACACCAUCAAGGAGGUAAACAAUGCAUCCUCUCAAGAUCGAGCGAAGGCCAUGAUCUUUAUCCAUCGCCACCUUGAUGAAGGAUUGAAGAGCGAUUACCUAACAGUUGAAGAUUUAUUAGCCCUCUGGAAAGCAUUGAGAAAUAUAUACAAUCACCAGAAAAUGGAUUUCAAGAAGGUUGCUGAGUAUAACUCUGCAAUGUUCAGAAUCAGCUCCCAUAUGAAACUUUGUGGGGAGAAUAUCACUGAGGAAGAUAUGCUGGAAAAGACUUUCAACACCUUUCAUGCCUCCAACGUGCUCUUGCAGCAGCAGUAUAGAGAGCAAGGCUUUACUGAGUACAACCAACUGAUAUCGGUGCUCCUUAUGGAUGAACAAAACAAUGAGCUCCUGAUGAAAAAUAAUCAAUCCCAACCUACUGGAUCAGCAUCAUUCCCAUAA